AUGUAUAGUGUGGGAUGGGGAAUUCUGGGAAAGGGAUCGGAACUUUCUCCAGUGCCCAACAACGAGACAAUUAUCAUCAGUGGAGCGCUAUUUGUAGCGUUUAGAGCGAAAGCUAGGCUUGCGAAUAUUUUGUUUAAGUUGCCCAGCCGUUAAAUGGAGUUAGAUCUAAUCAUAAGACAUCGAGGUCGAUGAGGGAGGUGGGAUGGAAAGGGCGGGAAAAGGACGAAGGAAUGGGUGGAUGCGCGUGGAUGCUGGUGGGCAAAGUAGAGAGACUGGUAUCCGAAGCUAAAUCCAAUUAUAUGCACAAAGCGAGGGCUGCAGGCCGCAACUACCACAAGGACAGGGCAGGAAUUGAGGAUAGGAGGGCGAGAGAAGCAUAUUUUUGUCGCGCGCCUGAUUAUCAAGGGAUGGUUCCCUUCGGUGGUAAUAUUCGAUCGAGAGCUGAACUGCACCGUCGCGAAGCCAAAAGAAUUCUGCUUCUUAGGCCGAUGUUUGAGAAAGUUUCCACGUACGAAUCCCAUCUGAUCGCAAUAAAGGAUUUGCGAGCAUCAAUUGACCUGGGCCCUUAG